AUGCGUAUUGGUGGCAUCCUUCCGGGGGCCGUAGCCCUCGGUGGACUGCUCAUGCGAGAGGCCGUCGCGUCGCCGGCAGUCGAGCUGAUGCCCGACGGUUGUCCGUUCCCCGUCUUCGUGCAGCCCGUCGAGGUCGUCGGCCAGUCGCCAUACGUGAUCGACGUCUACAUUGCCAUCAACACGACCGUCGCUCUCUGCGAGGGAACUACCGUGACUGUCACCGAUGCCCCGACCCAGCUGUCGACCACCUUUAUCAAGACUAUUACGACGACGUCUACUGUUACUACCGGAUCUGCUUCCUUCACUGGCCCCUUCACCACUCAGACCGGCUACUUCAGCGGUUCGGCCGGCUCUGGUCCGCGCACUGUGACGUUGCCACCGGCUGGCGGUUCUGGCACCGGCACCGUCAUCGUCGAGCUUCCCAGCACCACCUUCACAGGCCCUUACACGACACUGUCGGGUGCCUAUGGUGGCUCGGUGGCCACGACGGUGACGCUACCACCCGCCGGCUCCGGCACUGUCGGCACCGUCAUUGUCGAGACGCCCAGCAGCAGCUUCACGGGCCCGUACACAACGCUGACGGGCCAGUACAGCGGCUCUGUAGCGACGACGCUGACGCUGCCGCCUUCGGGCACAGCAACGGUCGGCACCGUCAUCGUUGAGUCGCCCGGCAGCUCUACCUUCACAGGACCUUUCAGCACUGUUACUGGCGGCUGGACUGGUUCGACCACGCUGACAAUCUCCAUUCCGCCCACUGGAUCUGGCACCAUCGGAACCAUCAUUGUAGAGACCCCAACCUCAGGCUCCUCGUCAGGUAGUUCAUCUAGCCCCUCUUCAUCUUCUGGCUCUGCAUCUUCCCUUGGAUCUUCGUCCUCCCCUGGCAGCUCCUCUACCCCUGCUGCUUCCAGCCAAGGUGGCUCAAGCACUGCCAUGAGUAUCUCUUCCACUGUUGGGCCUAGCGGCUCAAGCUCGGGCUCCGGUACUUCCAGCACCGGCUCCUCUGGAAGCAGCUCCUCUGGCUCAUCCUCGACCCCGGGACUGUCUUCGUCUACAUCGCAGAGCAGCGAAUCAAGCACUCCUGUUUCGGGCACUGGUUCGUCAAGCUCUGGCUCCCCUUCCAGCACUACCUCUAGCAUGGAAUCGAGUGGUUCUAGCACUGGGUCUACCACCGGAUCUAGCACAGGACCCAGCAGCGGUUCCAGCACUGGCUCCAGCACUGGUUCCAGCAGCGGUUCCAGCACUAGCUCUAGCAGUGGCUCUUCGAGCACUGGCUCUAGCACUGGGUCCAGCACAGGACCCAGUAGUGGUUCUAGCACCCGGUCUGGCACUGGCUCUAGCACUGGCUCCAGCACUGGCUCUGGCACCGGAUCGUCCAGCACAGGUUCCAGCACCGGUCCCAUCUCUUCGUCUUCCGCUUCCUCCACCCCUGGUUCUAGCACUGGCUCCACUUCUAACGUGAGCACAGGUUCGUCAAGCACUGGAUCGUCUAGCUCCUCGUCUACCCCGUCUUCAUCUGGAUCAUCUAGCUCCGCAUUAAGCACUGGUUCGUCAAGCUCCGCCUCUAGCUCUACUUCCUCAAGCUCUGCUUCUUCCACUGGUUCGUCAAGCACGGGGUCCUCUAGUGCCUCAUCUACCCCAUCUUCGUCUGGAUCGUCCAGCUCUGCAUCCAGUUCUGCAUCCUCAAGCUCCGCUUCUUCUACUGGUUCUUCUAGCUCUGGAUCAUCUAGUGCUAGCCCAUCAAGCACUUCCUCACCAAGCACGAGUCCGUCAAGCAGUGCAAGUGCUGCUUCCACCUCUAGCACAUCUUCUUCGAGCAGUGGAUCUAGCUCUGCGUCGUCGAGUGUUACAUCCAGCUCUGCUUCCAGCUCUGCUUCCAGCUCUGCCUCCAGCUCUGCCUCAAGCUCUGCUUCCAGCUCUGUGUCUUCCACUCCCAGCUCUAGCUCAGGCAGUACCUCGAGCACUUCGAGCUCGCAAUCCAGCAGAUCUUCACAGCCCACUUCCAGUGCGACGUCGUCUAGCUCUGCUUCUAACUCUGCUUCAUCAGCGUCGUCUUCGCCGCCUGCUUCGUCCUCGAGUACUUCGUCUUCGCAAUCGUCGUCCGUGACGUCGGCGUCAUCUUCGGCUUCAUCAUCGAGCUCUGCUUCUAGCUCAUCUGCCUCGUCGUCUGCAUCUUCGUCGUCGGCCUCGUCUUCGUCGGCCUCGUCUUCGUCGGUCUCGUCUUCGUCAGCUUCGUCGACCUCGUCCGCUCCAACUUCGUCGUCGUCUGCUCCCUCAUCGUCUUCGUCGGUGCCGUCCACGUCUGCGCCCACUUCAUCAGCGACUUCAUCGUCCAGCGCACCCAUCUCUUCCUCGGCCUCAUCUACGUCGUCGAGCCCAUCGUCCAGCUCUUCCGCCACGACCUGCUCCACGACUGUGACGUCGGUGACGACGGCAACAGCCACAGUCUGCAUCACGACUCUGCCAACGUCUUGCGCAGCCCUCGAGACGGCCUCAGUCUUGACAUACGGGGUCGACUUCACAGAGUGUGUAGCUGCUUUUGCGUUGUACGAUACAGGCGCCGUUGGAACAUGCUUGGCGACGACACCGUUGUCGCUCUCAGAAGCCCAGGACGUUUACACCUGUUUGGAGACAGCCGCCUCAGAUACAUGCAUCACCGCGCUGCCUUCUGACUGUGACGCCCUUGAGACUGCGGGCGUCCUCGACGUGGCUGCUGACGCCAUAAAAUGUCAGACCGCGCUGGGUCCGUUUGCCGUUGGGACAACGCUGACCUGUUUUGCCUCGUCGGCACUGUCUGGCGCCGAGAUGUACUCCUGUCUCGAGGAAGCCCUGGGUCUUGGUACCACGACGACUACGGCGACAAGCACAGUCGCUUUGGCGUCUUGCCCAGUCACGUCGGCGACCUCCUCGUCGACGUCGGCGACCACGUCGGCCACAACCUCGGCCGCAUGCAGCGUCACGCUGCCGCCGAACUGCACGCAGCUCGCGGAUGCCGACGGCCUCGUCAAUCUCAUCUUGGAGGCAGCCGAGUGUACCACUGCUCUCGGAGCCUACGGCAUCGGCAAUGCGGCUUCGUGCUUGGCCACGACAGCACUCAGCACGAGUGCCAGCGGCUCUUCCGUUGUCGACUGUCUUACCAACGCUCUCGAGGCAUCUUGCCCGACCUCCCUGCCGACUGCCUGUUCGGAUCUCGCCACCGUCACAGAUGUGGCAACGCUCGUCAUCGACACGGCGCUCUGUGCAGUAGCUUUGGGUCCGUACGAUGCCGGUAACGCGGCCACGUGUUUGGCAAGCGAUUCCGGAUCGACCACGGGCGCGUCGAUCGUCAGCUGUUUGGAAACAGCCUUCGGUAUAUUGUCGGGCACCUCGUCUUGA